AUGAAUGGAGUGGAGUGACUGACUCCGGUGUAUUUCAAUUGGCCCGCUCUCAAGCGUGUGGUUUAACGUGUAGUCGGUUACAAACGGCGUUCACGGAACAGUUACACUUCAAAUAAACACCUCAGACGGUAGAGUUUUAUCUGUCGGUUAGCUGUGUUUACCACAUUCUUCCAGAACACUAGUGGUUUUUUGGAGAGAAGCGUCGCGACAUGGCCAGAGGUGCAGGAGCUGAGCAGUACUCCAACGCCAGCAUGCUGAAGAAAACCGAGCCUAAUGAAGUCAGAACCGGUCAUAAGAGUGAAGUGAAUCGUCACUUGUCGGUGUGCAGUAAGCUGUGUUAUGCCGUAGGAGGAGCGCCUUAUCAGAUCACAGGAUGUGCCUUGGGUUUUUUCCUCCAGAUCUAUCUCCUAGAUGUUGCUCUGCUGGAUCCAUUCUAUGCCUCCGUUAUCUUGUUUGUGGGACGAGCCUGGGAUGCCAUCACCGACCCAACCGUGGGAUUCCUGGUCAGCCGGACUCCGUGGACCAGAUUUGGGAGGAUGAUGCCAUGGAUCAUUCUAUCCACUCCUUUUGCAGUCAUAUCCUACUUUCUCAUCUGGUACGUGCCUCCUGUUGAUCAGGCCAAAGUCGUCUGGUACCUCAUCUUCUACUGCCUCUUCCAGAGUCUGCAAACGUGCUUCCAUGUGCCAUACUCAGCCCUCACCAUGUUCAUCAGUGCAGAACAGAAGGAGAGGGAUUCAGCCACCGCCUAUCGUAUGACUGUGGAGGUUUUGGGAACAGUCAUUGGCACUGGAAUCCAAGGCCAGAUCGUGGGGAUGGCCAAUACACCCUGCAUACCAGUUGGAAAUGAUCUCAACUCCACUUUCCGGAAUUCUGGAUCUGAGGUCAACAUCAGCCAACCAGAUCUUUCCCUGGACAAAAUAAGAAAUGCUUACAUGAUUGCCUCAGGGGUUAUUUGUGCCAUUUAUAUCCUCUGUGCCAUCAUACUCUUCUGUGGUGUGAAGGAACGCAAAGAAACCUCAAAGGUCCAAUCAAAGCACAUGUCCUUCUUCCGGGGCAUCCGUCUAGUAAUGGGCCAUGGUCCGUAUGCCAAGCUGGUGAUGGGCUUCCUGUUCACCUCUCUGGCGUUUAUGCUCCUGGAGGGCAACUUUGCUCUGUUCUGUUCCUACACCCUGGGCUUCAGAGAUGACUUUCAGAACGUCCUACUGGUCGUCAUGCUCUCCGCCACUCUCACCAUCCCAUUCUGGCAAUGGUUCCUUACUCGAUUUGGAAAGAAAACCGCCGUCUAUGUUGGGACUACAAUCGUGAUUCCAUUCUUGAUCACAGUGGUCCUGUUGAAAAGUAAUCUCAUCGUGACCUACGUUAUUGCCAUUGCUUCUGGAGUCAGCAUUGCUGCUGCCUUCCUCCUCCCCUGGUCCAUGCUUCCUGAUGUGGUUGAUGACUUCAAAGUUCUGAAUCCAGAAUCCCAGGGGCAUGAAGCCAUCUUCUACUCCUUCUAUGUGUUCUUCACAAAGUUUGCCUCUGGAGUUUCUUUGGGAAUUUCAACUCUAAGCCUUGAUUUUGCCGGAUAUGUAACGAGAGGUUGCACACAACCAAAAGCAGUGGAUGUUACACUGAAGGUUCUGGUCUCUGCUGCUCCAGUUGCACUAAUCAUCAUAGGACUCCUCAUCUUUACCUCUUAUCCAAUCAACGAAGAGAGGAGGCAGGGAAACCGCAAACUGCUCAACGAGCAAAGGGAGCUGGAGUUGGCAGCAGACUCGUCAGAAACCGAGCUGGUCAAUGUAUUGUAACAUCACACAACUCUAAAGAGGGCAUUUAUUGGACGACCAAAUAAUGGACCCUCCGAGACAAAUUGCCCACAGAGGCAUUCAAGCCAAUCGUGUUUAAUCAACUGUGUUCACAUGACUUCUACUUCCUUAAGAACCUCAAGCGGAGGAUCUGAAACAUGCAGGUUACAUUGCUUUUUAGUGUCUGGAAGCUGCUCAACCACAUGCAAGGCCAAAAGACACAAAAGCUUGAAAUGUGUUAUGAACGUAUGCAUGUUUUGUUUGUGCUGCCUACAGUAGUGCUACUUGUCACAAUGGAAUUAAAAAGUGUCCUGUACUUGAAAAGCAUAAUGCUCUCACACUACACUAAGGUUCUCCACCGGGCAGAUGAUUGGGAGAAACGUCACAUCAUGGUUCUUUUUGAAAUUCAAGUAUGUUUCAUUAAAUCCAGGGUACCUCUUUUUAAUACCUGAAGCAAGUUUAUACAUUACAAGGAAUAAUUAGCACAUUUGGAGUGCUAAUACAGCAGUAUACUACACUACAUUAUAACACUGUACAGAAUAAAGCCGUGUGCAUGCGCAUACAUCUGUGCACAUUUAAUACAAAUCCACAAUCUUUUAUUUUUGUAUAGAAACAGUAUACGGUCGGUCUAGUUUAGACUCCAAAGCAACAUUUUAUCUCUGUGCAAAUAGCAACUGUGGGAUAUAAACAAAAGACAAGUUCAAACAGCACCCUGGGGGGCAAAAUUCCAGUAUUUGCACAAUAACAGUGCACGAUGUUGAAUCUUGGUGUUUUGACUUGGACAGUGUUGGUCCUUCAUAGUUGACUGCCUCAAAUAUGAGAAGAAUGAAGCUCUUUAAUAAUUUAAUAUUUUUAAUAUUAUGUUUGUUUGGUCGUGUCAACAACUAUGUAAUGCCGCUUGAAGAGGAAGGGAAAAAUGCUCCUGGACCUAAUUGAUGUCUGUACAUUUAAGAUUCUUUUGAUGUUGCAUUGCUGUGGUUUUUUUUGUGUCUGUGUGUUUGUGUGUCCUUCAUUUGCAUGUGAAUCUUUUGGCUCUCCAGAAGUUCCCAGAUGGCAUAAGGGAUGCACUAGUGUUUUAUUUAAGUGUUAGAAUAAUGCAUUAUAAUAUUCUAAUAUUAAAUAUAUAAUGUAAAAUUUGAAAGUGAUUUUGUAAAUAUGGACCGAUAAGGAAAGAUUCUGUUGUGACAUUUAAAAAGCCAACUAUGAAUUUGAUUUUAAAUUGCAGAUUUUAUUUAUUUAUUUAUUUUUAUUUUUAAACUUUUUUUUUUUUUGCAUUUCAUCUCUUUAUUCAGGCCUGAGAUGAUUUCUGAAUAUACAUUUGUGUAUGUUGCCAUAUGUCAUACAUAUAUUAAUGUAUCUACAUUUGAUGCAGAAUCUCUUGGAGAUCACUGAGGACUUUUGUACAUAUUUAUGUGUAAAUAUGUAUAUAAAUGUUUGUACAACAUUUAAAUACUUUAGGUGUUAAUGACUGUAAAAAGAGACAACCUGUAUGUGGAGUUAUUUAAAGUUUUUGCCAGUUGAAUCUGAAAUGGUUAAUAAAUGCUAAUUAACUCUUUA